CAUUUUUACAACAAGGGAAGUGUAAGUUUAUCCUGCUGUCAGCCUGAUUUCUUCUGAUAUCUGUACAAGUAAACGAUAGUAAAGAGUCUGCUGAGGGGGUUGAUGUAUUAAGACAUGCCGUUAUCCUUCUAAACCGCUGCUUAACAUUAUUACAAAGCGGUUUUGCUGCAGUAAAGUACAAAAGAAGAGACUAAACCUCAUCUCCCUGCAUCUCUGGGAUCUGUUAGAUGAAGUUUACUGGAACAAGUUUCAGCUGUGAUCUCAUCAUUCCAUAACGAGACAGCCAACAGGAGGAGCCUGCUCACUUAUGCACUGAGAGCAGAUUCAGUGUUCACUGGGAAAUCAUUGCCAGAUUGUCUGUAUAUAUGUAAGCGUGUGCUGGAGGUGGCCUGGGGCCAGCUGACAGCAAGAGAAGAACAUUUACAGCCGGGUAUCCACUGCUGCACGGCCACCAUGUCUCAACCUGCACAGGAAGAUGAACAGACGCAGCGUCCCGUAGUGAGAGAAGAGGACCUGACCGAAGCAAAGACCAAACUUGGUGGUGGAGGGGCGGUGAAGAGCAAGACCUUUGAAGUGAUGGAGGAGUGCGAGAAAAUGGGUAAAGCGGCUCCCUCUGUGUUUAGCGGAGCGAGAUCUGGAGGAGAGACGGCUUUCAACACUCGCUCCACUCGACAGGCCAGGAAGUAGAAGAAAAACUUCCCCUCCAUGGAUGAGCGGCGCCUCUUCCAAGUUACUGAUGUAAUUUAACCUGUUAGUGUCAACAGCAUUUUUUAUGUCGCUUCAUAUCAUGCAACUACCACCAGCUGAGAGAUGCUCAAUAAACCUUUUAGUCAGCUAAAAGCAAUAAAUGGUUUGAUAUAAUUUUGAUGCAACUUUAUUUCACUUUUUCUGUUUAUGGUAGGUUCUUAUAGUCAGUUCUGUUUCUUAGUCUUAAUACGCUACUGCAACAGAGGAUGGAUUCAUUGUCAUUUUUUUGCACAUCCUUACCAGAGGUGCCAAUAAAAGGAAGCGCUGUACCACA